UUCUAGAAAGCGGAAAUUAAAGAAUAGAUGUGGUCUAUAUUUUUCCACGUGGCAAUUUGGUUUGUGAUCUUAAAGCAACCGUGUUUGCAAGAAUGGAACAGAUCUAUUAAAAUCUGAAAUUUGAGAAGAAAUAGCGGAAAUAGCGGGUGUUGGUUGUUUAUUCAACGUUAGAUAUAAAAAGAGAGUAAAUAAAUACACGCACAUUCGGAACUCUUACAGUACUGUUUCUUAUAUUUAAACGAGGACAUUAGGCUUUGUUUAUAGAGAUUACACAAGCAGAAAAUAUGUUACGUGUAUUUGCGUUGUUUUACGUCGUAUGCGUUGUGGUAUCAAAGAAUGCCGAAGAUGACAUGUACAUUGGAUUAGACAAAUACCAGGAAAAUUACGAUCUACCUAAAUUGCCGUACAAAUAUGAUGCUUUGGAACCUUGGAUUGAUGCACUGACUGUAAAAACACAUCACAGUGUGAUCAUGGCGCGAUAUGCGAAUAAAUUAAACGAAGUUUUGAAAGAAUGGAGAGAAUCGAAAGAAGAAGAAAAACUUUCGAAAACUUCUCUGCUUAACAUUUUUGCCAAUAUCGAGAGUGUUCCAGAAAAGUGGAGAACAAACUUAGAGAAUUACGGAGGAGGAUACCUGAGCCAUAUUUUUUACUUCGCUGUAUUAAAUAGCAACCCAUCUGGAGAAGAGAAGGAACUGCCAGAUUCUUUAAAAAAAAUCUUUAAACGAUCAUUUCAUAACUUUACACAAUUCAAAGAUUGGGUGGAAAGAGAUGCGUGCAAGCAUUUUGGAGCUGGGCACAUAUGGCUGAUUCGGGUACCUCGUGGUAACUAUUUGACAAUAUAUGCAACAGUGGAAGAAGUAACGCCUUUGAAUAAUGAGUAUCAACCUCUUUUUGCACUUGACUUGUGGGAGCAUGCAUAUUUCAUCAAACAUCAAAACAAUAGAAAAAAAUAUGUUGAGAACUGGUGGAAAGUCGUAGAUUGGAAAAAAGUUGAUCGCCUUUUUAAAUGGUGGAAACAGUUUGAUCCAAAACACGAUGAAUUGUAAAAAGAGUUCUGCAGCAGUUUUGAGGAUUUUUACAGCUUUCAGAUUAUUUUUCAUGAUAUAACAGCAAAUUUUGUUUUGACAGCAUUUUUAAAAAGCAAAGAGAGCAGGCAAGGCUCAUCAAGCAUUUCUCAUCCAUUUAACAUUCAAAUGUUUAGAAAGAAUAUGUUUGUAUGUAAUAUGUAUAUGUCGAUAUAUAGCAUAUGUAUUUGUUUAUAUCUGUUGUAUAGCAUAUGAAUAUGUUUAUAUAUGUUGUAUAGCAUAUGUAUAUGUUUAUAUAUGUUGUAUAGCAUAUGUAUAUCUUUAUUGCAGGGAACAAGAAGAAAACAAACAACAGAAA